AUCAUUUUAUUGUUUAUUAUUCGCAUUUGCUUGUAACAAAACUUUAAUUUCUAUUUAAAUACAAAUAGGCGCUUAUUUUUUUCAUAAUUCCCGCCCUUAUUAAUAUCUGAUUACGUCUCGUAUUGUUUCGAGAUGAAUUAUUACGUAGGAAGUUAAACAAACGUAUAACCAGACAAUAAAAGACUUAUAUAAAUGGUUUAUUAUUUAUCAUUUAUUGGGAAACAAUUGCGUGUUUUAUAAUCAGACAUUAGAGGAAAAUCGAUAUUUUGUUAGGCGAAAUUCAGGCUAAUGUACGGUGGCCGUCGCUGUCGUCCGAUCGAAGACGAAGAUUCAAACGGGACGAUGAGAAACCAGUGAGAUGCGACAUGUUGCUGAGAAGUUGGCGUAUAAUAUUUGUUUUAUCUCUCUACAUCCUUACUCUAAUAUGUUAUCUGGGUCCGGUAUUCGUUUCCAACUGGUGGAUGUCGGGCCAGGUGAUGAAGCUGGAUCCUAAUCAUAUGACUAGACGUAUCAUCAGCCUUUGUAAUUGUGUAGCUGCAGGUAUCUUCCUUGCCAUGUGCUUCCUCGGUCUUAUUCCUAAUGUCCGAGAUGAUUUCCGCGAAAUAUUGCACGAAUUUCAUUGGAAUUGGCAUGUUUCGGUCGGAGAAUGUGUAGUGGUGUUGGGUUUCUUUUUCACUCUCACUCUAGAACAGUUACUAGUCUGCUGGAAAGAGAGGAAACUGUCAAAUAACGAAGAUGAGAAAGAUGAGGUGCAAACACUUCUAGACGAAAAGGAAAUGGAUAAUUACGGUGAUACGGAAUUAUCUACGAUCAGUGCUAUCGAAUAUUCCGAUAAACCCUGUAAUGGAGACAUGCAUUUGGAACUGGUUCCCGAAGAAAUAAAAAAUUAUGGAACGCAGGCGGAGGUUGUGGUCACUCCGGGCGGUCACUCGCAUCUGCCCGUUUUGCUGGAAGAGAAUAGUGGCAUGAGAUUCUUCCUUUUAUUGCUGGCAAUCAGUAUGCAUUCCAUAUUUGAAGGAAUAGCGUUAGGCUUACAAAAUAAUAUUUCUCGGGCGUUACAUCUUUUUGUGGCCGUGCUGAUACACGAGUGCUUGGUGGCGGUGGCAUUAGGUGUAAAUUCUGCCUCCGUGCAGUUGUCGAUGAGAAAAAAUGUCAAGUUUGCCAUUGCUUUUGCCGCCACCAUCCCCCUGGGUGUGUUGUUGGGAGUGUCUAUAGGUCACGCCCCGGGUCUGAUGGGUCGAGCCGUGUCUGCAUUUUUUCAAGGUUUUGCGGCCGGAAUCUUUUUACACGUAAUCUUUCAAGAUUUUCUCCCGGUAGAACUUUCGAAUAAGAAAGAUAGAAUGCUCAAAGUCCUGUUUUUCUUCCUUGGUUUUGCAAUUUUGACUGGCGUAAUAGUAUUGAUAAAUGAUCGUUGAAUAUUUAAUUAAAAUUAAUGCAUGUUAUAUUGUGAAUGUAAUUGAGAAAUAUUUAUUUUAACGAAAUAACAUUUCAUUGUGAUUUAAUUUGUUAACAUAUUUAUUGUUGAGUGGAUUUUAUUAAAAUUUAGAUCUUGUGGUAGUUGAAGUUUUGAAUGUUAGUUUUAAAAUUAUUAAUAAUUAGAGAAUACAUUUAGUAAAGAUCUAUACAAUAAUAGAUCAUUUUAAAAUAUUUUAUCCCAUUACUAUUGCUGUCAAUAUUUGUAACUUAGCUGUGUUUGUUUUAACUGUAGUCAUGUAUGCAAUAAGUAUACAUAUCAGUGUUUGUAAAUGCUGUAGCUAUAGCAAAGUAAUUUUUUUUAGAGUACAAAACAUUCAGUAUUAUAAAUAUGUCAUUCCAAAAACUAAGUUUACAUUAAUGGCCAGUAAUGUAUUUUAUGAAAUUUUAUGUAUUGUAAAUGUGUAUAUAGAUACUGGCAUUCCUUGUACAGUAUGUAAAAAAUUUGUUAAGUUUUGAAAUAUUUACACUUUGUUUCAUAUUAAAGAUU